UCGCCAUGCUUAUACGACCUUGAAAGUUUUCACGGGAGAGGGAAUGGAUGAGGAUGAGUACAACAUGUACAACAUCUUAAGCAAAAGCAAUGCUUCGCAUCUAGGAUACAACCAUGUCCGGACAGCCCUAGACUUGUUUACUAUUUCCCGGUUAAGUGGCGAUCAUCGAUGUCUUGUCCAGAAACCAAUGUGGGUUAGUUUCAAGAAUCUUUUGAAUAGAAACCCCGCGCACCGCUUCACGGAAGAGCUGCUGAAAGCUGGGUUGUCGCAAGUGCUCCUCGCACUCGAUUACCUUCACACAGAAGCCAAGAUCAUACAUACAGAAAUCGAGGAUCAGGGCAUCCUGGAAGCCUUUGUUAACGCCGAAAUGACAUCUCCGUCGCCUCGAAAAGUCGUAGACGGCAAGCCCAUCUACGCGACACGCCAGUUUGGAUUGCCGAAAGAGUAUGGCCGUGUUGUUCUUGGAGACUUCGGCUCUGCAGUUCGUGGCGACAAACCUCAGAUCUUUGACGCGCAACCAGAUGUCUACCGAUGUCCAGAGGUUAUGCUGAAGACUGAAUGGAGUUACCCAGCUGAUAUCUGGAACGUUGGAGCGAUGAUUUGGGACCUCUAUGAGGAUAAACACCUCUUCUACGGCAUCGAUCCAACUGAAAAGCGAUACUUAACCAGGGCUCAUCUCGCGGAAUUAGUCGCGAUGCUCGGUCCACCGCCUAUGGAUAUGCUAGAGAGGGGAGUGCGGAGUAAAGAAUUCUUCAAUGGCGAUGGGAAUUGGAUAGCUGAGACAAAAAUACCGCAAGGGUUGACGCUAGAGGGGUCGGAAGAGAAUCUGGAUGGAGAAAAGAAAAAAGAGUUCUUGCAGUUUGUGAGGUGCAUGUUGCAGUGGAGGCCUGAGGAUCGGUGGACUGCAAAGGAGUUGCUUGGGCAUCCUUGGCUGAGAGGGAACUUGUAA